GUUGCCCAAAACCUCCUCGACCGCGCUGCAUACCCCCAGCCGUACAGGUCUCCUUACGGACCGAAAUACGCUAUUCCUACCCACUGGCAUGGCCUGACCGCUGGCAAGUUCAUCAAGUACGGCGUCGUUGCCGGUACAUUCGGUGCCUCCCUUGGUGUUUUUGCCCUGUUCUUCUUUGGCGAGGUCCCCCGUGUCAGGAAGGAUAUCUUCCAGAAGCUCCCCUUCUUCGACCGCUACUUUGACCGAACCAUCCCCCCUGAGGACAAGGUGCCAUCCUGCCGUCGAAUUUCAACUCGAUCAGCUUGCGAAUGUGAAGAGCGCAUCAUGAGUGAACCCUCGGCCAAGGACUCCAGUCCAGACGUAUAUCGAGGCGACAACAAUGCGCCCGUCACGUCUGUCCUCCCAGAUGGCGACGUGCCCAUCUCGGACCAUGCCUUGAACGCGGAUGAAAGCGUCCUGGCCGCGCUCGGAUACAAACAGGAAUUCAAGCGCGAGUUUUCUCUCUGGACGACCUUUUGCGUCAGCUUUGCUGUGCUCGGCUUGUUGCCCUCGUUUGCUAGUACCAUGUAUUACGGUAUGGGAUAUGCAGGUACGGGUGGCAUGGUCUGGGGCUGGUUGAUUGCCAUGGUGUUUAUCCAAUGUGUUGCCAUGUCGAUGGCAGAGCUGUGUUCUGCGAUGCCGACCAGUGGCGGUCUGUAUUAUGCAUCAGCAGUCCUCGCUCCCCCCGGAUAUGGCCCUCUGGCUGCCUGGCUUACUGGAUGGUCGAAUUGGAUUGGACAAGUCACCAGUGCUCCCUCGGUGGACUAUGCAUUGGCUGCGAUGAUCCUUGCUGCUGGGGCUAUCUAUAAUCCGGAAUUUGUGCCUACAAACUACCAGCUCUACCUCUUGACGGUCCUCAUCCUCAUCAUCCACACUGUCAUCAGCAGCAUGCCUACCAAGUGGAUCGCGACGGUCAAUUCCUGGGGAUCAACUUUCAAUAUCAUUGCGCUGGUCAUCGCCCUCAUUACUAUUCCAGCAGCAACCAGCAACACGCCCAAAUUCACCUCGGCCAAUGAAGUCUGGAGUGUGAUCGCCAAUGGCACGGAUUACCCCGACGGAGUUGCUAUUCUCAUGUCUUUCGUCGGCGUCAUCUGGACCAUGUCUGGCUACGACUCCCCCUUCCACUUGUCCGAAGAAUGCUCCAACGCCAGCAUUGCCUCACCGCGUGCAAUCGCGCUGACGUCGGCCACCGGCGGCCUCUUUGGCUGGUUCCUGCAGCUUGUAGUUGCCUACACCGUCACCGACAUCGACGCCGUCAUGAACUCGGACCUCGGCCAGCCCUGGGCUUCUUACCUGCUCCAAGUGCUGCCCCAAAAGACCGCCAUGGCGAUCCUCGCUCUCACCAUCGUCUGCGGCUUCUCCAUGGGCCAGGGCUGCAUGGUCGCCGCCUCGCGCGUCACCUACGCCUACGCCCGCGACGACUGUUUCCCCUAUUCCAACGUGUGGAAACAAGUCCACCCACUCACCAAAACCCCCGUCAACGCUGUCAUUAUCAACGGCAUCCUCGGCAUCCUAAUGUGCCUACUCAUCUUUGGCGGCGACGUCGCCAUCGGUGCGCUGUUCAGUAUCGGCGCCAUUGCGCAAUUCAUUGCCUUUGCCAUCCCCAUCGCCAUCCGCGUGUUUGUUAUCGACGACACCCGCUUCCGGCGUGGACCCUGGCAUUUGGGCAAAUUUUCGAAACCCGUGGGUACCGCCGGCGCGUUGUUUGUCUUGCUCAUGCUUCCGAUUUUGUGUUUGCCGAGUGGCACUGGUGCCGAUGUGACGCCGGAUCUUAUGAAUUGGACGUGUCUGGUGUAUGGUGCGCCCAUGCUGGCGGUUAUGGUGUGGUGGGUUGUGGAUGCGAGGAAGUGGUUCAAGGGUCCCAAGGUUAAUGUUGAGCAUAUGCUUUAUGGAAGAGAGGAGAUUGAUGGCACGGCUCCUGAGAAAGAAGAAGAGAAGACUAUCAUUGAUGGUGUUGCUGCUGUUCCUGCUCAGACCAAGGAGGAGAAAUCCGAUAGCACUUCUUCUUAG